AUGAAGGGUGAGGCCCCCAGACUACCAUGGGAGAGAGCCAGCACUGAUCUCAUGCAAUACGGAGGGAAGAAUUUUCUCAUCGUUGUAGAUGAUCACUCUUUCUUCUGGGAAAUCGUGCCCGUGAACUUGAUAUCGACGAACGCGAUCUUGAAAGCGUUGUUCUCCGUAUCUCAACAUUUCGGGUACCCCGUGACUCUGCGGAGUGACAAUGACCCGCAGUAUGCUAGCUACGAGUUCACAGAUACUCUGAAGAGAUUCGGAAUCAAUCAUGUGACAUCAAGCCCAUACUAUCCAAGGGGCAAGGGUCUCGCAGAAAGAGCCGUCAAGGAAGCGAAAGCGAUUUUGAAGACGACUACGUAUGGAAUUUAG